AUGGCUAUAUCCUCUGCCACACGUAUCCUGGCCGCCCGGCCUCUCGUCCUUGGUUUAGCAAAGCUCUGCUUCUUGGCUGUUGCCAACCUGCCCGUCAUCUCCGCCGCCCCAACUUUUAUCAUCAACUCCGAUGUCGACCCGAAACCCCCCAGUGACCCUAGUCUAUGGUUGUACCUCGGUGUCGCCGCCGCCCUCGUUCUCAGCGGCGGUGCCUUCGCUGGUCUGACCAUCGCCUUGAUGGGACAGGAUGAAGUCUACCUACAAGUCAUUCAGACCUCCGGUGAAGGCUCCGAACGCAAAAAUGCCGCAAGUGUCCUGAAGCUGUUGCAGCGAGGAAAGCACUGGGUCCUCGUCACCCUGCUGCUCAGCAAUGUGAUCACCAACGAGACGCUUCCAAUCGUGCUCGACCGCUCACUUGGCGGUGGCUGGCCUGCGGUGCUCGGCAGUACCGUCUUGAUUGUCAUUUUCGGCGAAAUCGUCCCCCAGUCGAUAUGUGUCCGUUACGGUCUCCCCAUUGGUGCUUGGAUGGCUCCAUGUGUCCUAGCGCUCAUGUACCUCAUGUCUCCCGUCGCCUACCCGGUCGCGAAGCUGCUCGAUAAGCUGUUGGGUGAGGAUCACGGCACCAUCUACAAGAAGGCCGGUCUCAAGACCCUGGUGACGCUGCAUAAAACCUUGGGUGAAGCCGGUGAACAGCUCAACUCCGAUGAAGUCACCAUCAUCAGCGCUGUUCUUGACCUCAAGGACAAGGCAGUGGGCAGCAUCAUGACCCCAAUGGAAGACGUCUUCACCAUGUCCGCCGACACCAUCCUAGACGAAAACACCAUGGACUUGAUUCUGUCGCAAGGAUACUCCCGUAUUCCCAUUCAUGCUCCGGACAACCCGAUGAACUUCGUCGGCAUGCUGUUGGUCAAAAUGUUGAUCACCUAUGACCCCGAAGAUUGCAAGCGCGUGCGGGACUUUGCUCUGGCCACGCUCCCCGAAACCCGCCCGGAGACAAGCUGCCUGGAUAUUGUCAACUUCUUCCAAGAGGGCAAGUCCCACAUGGUAUUGGUGUCGGAGUAUCCGAGUGAGGAUCGUGGUGCCUUGGGUGUGGUCACCCUGGAAGAUGUAAUUGAGGAGCUCAUCGGAGAGGAAAUCAUCGACGAGUCCGAUGUCUUCGUGGAUGUACACAAGGCCAUCCGCCGCAUGGCUCCUGCUCCUAAGUCCCGCGUUCCUAAGGGCCGGAUUGUCGAAGAUCCGCCCAUGCUUCCAGCUGAGACCACUCUAGUCGAGGUGGACAACGAGUCCCCUGCUCCGCCCAAUGGGGCCCCGAAGGACCAUCGCCGGCUUUCCGUAGAGGCACCCUUGCCCCGGUUCCAGCUCCGUCGGCCUACCUCAGAUAAAAACUCAGACUCGACAGAUGGCUUGUUCACGCAUCGCGGGGCCACGGAUGAGAUCAGACAGCAUUUGAAGCACCUGGGUCCAUCAAACUUGGCCAGCCGACCGCGCCAAACUCGAUACCAAAAUGUGAAGAUCAAACGGAGUGCCUCGCCAUCCCGAUCCGGACAGACCGAUCUUGAAUCCAGCCAGAGUAUGUCCGAUGUACAACCUAGACAUAAUUCCAUCGGCCUGCAGGGCGGUAUCGGCGCCGGACUUGUACAGAGUGGUAUGGACGCCCGUGAUGGGGUGUAUGCGGUCCGUGCGGGAUAUGGCACGAUGAACCACUCCAAUCCGCCGGCCGAUGCCGGUACUCAGACGAAGGAUGGUCUCCCGAUAUCGAUACCCGAACCGGUCCAUGAAGAACAGGAUGAUCACCCUCGGUCAGCGGGCAGUCGAACUGGCAGUGCCCGGUCCAUCGACUCGCAAUCCGAGCAUCUCAAGCCGGGCAGUUACCUUCACCGAGGCCCGGCUCGCAGUGGUAGCAUCACAGAGCAGGUGGUCGAUGUCAACGGCAUCCGCAAGGUUGUGCUCCAUACCACAAGCACCAGCUCAUCUGAAUCUGAACGACCGAGAACGAGCGAUAAUCCGGAGUUCCCUGUCCGCCAGGAAGGCGAGAUCGUCGACCUGGGGAAUAAUCAGUCCGCCGGAAAUAAGAGACGCCGUCGUCGCAGAAAGCGCGGACAAGGCCCGAAGAACGGGGAGUCGGGCGAAAAUACCCCUCUACUGUCGCAAUAA